CCGCGCGUCACCACCACCAUGUGGGAGGACGAGAAGACCUUGUGCUACCAGGUGGACGCCAAUGGCGUGUCGGUCGUCAGAAGAGCCGACAACAACAUGAUCAACGGGACGAAGCUUUUGAACGUUGCCCAGAUGACCAGAGGCAGAAGAGACGGGAUCUUGAAGUCGGAGAAGAUUCGCCACGUCGUCAAGAUCGGGUCCAUGCACUUGAAGGGUGUGUGGAUUCCGUUUGACCGUGCAUUGACGAUCGCCCAGAGAGAGAGCAUUGUCGAUAUCUUGUACCCAUUGUUCGUCAGAGACAUCAAGUCUGUGAUCCAGCAGGGUGCCAUGACAACGUUC